AAAAGCCGAAACACCGUCGCCCAAUCCCGUACUCCCGGGAUAGAGUGAUUGACAGCAGAUUACCAAAUCAGAAUGCAGACGACGGCCAAUCGUUUUUUAGUGGGCGGGAUUAAUCGCACGACACGUGGUUCCGCACUGUUCAAGCUUAGGGAGGAAGUCUUAUGUGUCUGGAUUCGGUAUAAUAAAAGCUGGUCUUCAUUAAUAUCACUCUCGCGGAAGGGUGUCGUCAUGUCUCGGGUACCCAUGGGAAAGGUGUUGCUGCGAAACGUAAUAAGGCACACGGACGCGCACAAUAAGAUUCAGGAGGAGUCUGAGAUGUGGAAGCUGCGCGACAUGGAAAAGCAGGUUCAGGGGCGCAGUUGUCACAGGAGGCCGGCCCCGGCAUACCUGGCCAGGGGCAGCAUGCACUGCGAUCGCAUCGCAGCCGAAGGCCGGAGCUCCUCCGAAGACCGGCUCGGGGAGCGGUCAGAGCGGGAGGCGCGGUACUGGACCCGCAAGCUGUACGAGUUCGAGGCCAGCGACCCGGAUCGGUGGGGACACAGCGGCUUUAAAGAGCUCUACCCAGAGGAGUUCCAGUCAGACAGUGAGAAGGAGUCCAGCGACGGUGAGAAUGUACAGCGGAGGAAGAAGAAGACCAAAGCCAGCCUAGAGUCCGAGAAGCACAAGCGCUCCAAGAAGUCGGCCAGGAAGAAGAAGAAGAAAAAGAAAGAGAAGAAGAGGAAGAAGGCGGGCGACUCUGCGGACGACAGGAGCUGCAGCGACAGAGGGGUGAAGCGGCGGAAGCGAAGUAGCGGCAAGACAAAGCACAGGAGGAGGAGGAGGGAGAAGGAGCAGGAGACGAGGGCUGACAGCAGCACGGGGGACAGCCACUCUGGGGGGGCGGGGGGGGAGCAGCCCACUGUCACCAGGAAACGGGGUGUCAGCCCCGAGGCCCAGGGGGAGCCGCCAAGGAAAAGGAGAAGCUGGAAAGAGACGAAUGAGGAGCAGUCGGAGGAGAGCUCUGAGGACUGAGCCCUGGGGGGUGGGGGCUUCACUUCGCUCCACUUCACCGACUCCCUGGGAAGCCCCAAAGCGCCCCCUGCUGGUGCUGGAGCUCAGCAUAUGGGGGUGCCGGCGAUCAGUUAGUCGAGGGGAGGGGUACUAUGGUAUGAAGCAAGCUGGGACUGAUGGAUCCACAAUGGCUGAUCAGGCUUCCAGCUGUCCACCGGAACAGACUGGUACCGACGCAGCCAGGACCUGUCCUUCAGCAGCACAGCCGCCGGUCCAGCAGGGACAGCCGUGUCCUGUGCAGUGUGACACACACUCAAGAACUGGAGCGCAAACAUAAUUUCUACUCCCUUUUGUGCACAUUUGUGGAAACGAGAUUUGUCCUGUUUUUAUAAUAUUUUUUUAGAUAUAUUUAUGGUCACCCCUUUUUUUAAAUUAUUAAUAGUUAUGGUUAAAAAAAAUAAAUUUGCUCAAACUCAAA